AUGCGCCAAGCGCUUUGUCGAUUCUGGACCUCUUUCCUGUAUCGACGACGUUUCUACCACGCGAUGGCACCCAGCGUGGACAGUGAGGUCAUAGGCUCGUUCCGACGCCUUGCGCGCGAACCCCUGCCGUAUGCACCGGACCUCGUAGUGGAAAAAUGGCGCAGCACAGCGUCGGGGCUGACCGUAUUGUGGGCGCAGUUUGACAACCCAUUGCUGAAUGCCUACAUAACAGUGGCCUCAGAGAUUUUCACGGAUAGCGGUGUGCCCCAUACGCUGGAACACCUGGUGUUCCUGGGAAGCCAGCAGUAUCCAUACAAGGGCGUGCUCGACAGUCUUGCGAACCGCGCCUUUGCUCAGGGAACAAACGCGUGGACAGCGAACGAUCACACAGCUUACACGCUCACGACAGCAGGGUCCGAUGGUUUCCUGCGUAUGCUGCCUGUGUACUGCGAUCACGUCUUCUUCCCCACACUCACAGAUGCAGGAUUUGUCACGGAAGUAUACCAUAUCAAUGGCAAGCUGGAAGACGCGGGCGUCGUGUACUCUGAAAUGCAGGGCCGCGAAAAUUCGAGCGCUGACUUAAUGGAGCUCAAGACGCAGCGCAUGCUGUACCCGCGCUCAUCUGCCUACCGGAGCGAAACUGGCGGUCUCAUGUCGGCCCUGCGUGUUCUGACCAUCGAUGAGAUCCGGCAGUACCAUGCCAAGUAUUAUGCGCCACACAAUGCUGCUAUUGUCUUGUGUGGUCCACUUGACCGCGAAAAACUCUUUGCUACCCUGCAGGGCAUCGACGAACGGUUCGUUCAGCUUGGCGUGGCGCAUGGCGAGCAUGGCCCCGCUGGCUGGAAGCGACCCUUUGUCGAAACAGGCAGCGCUAUACCACCAGUCAUCGAUGGCUCGGUGUUGGCUGGUCACGGCGUGGACGAUGCUGACCCGCCGGCUCAUCCCCAUCGCCGACGCGUGUUUGUCGAGUUUCCCGAGCGUGACGAGAGUAUCGGCGAAGUACAGGUCUCGUGGAUCGGCCCAACGCUGGAAGAGAAUCUGGAGCUGCAUGCCCUAGAUGUCCUGAGCACGUAUUUGACGGACUCGCCAGUGAGUCCAGUGCAGCGCGAAUUUGUCGAGCGCGACGAGCCUCUGAGCACCGAUGUGUACUUUGGCAACAGCGAGCGUGCAGGCAAGUCGGUCCUGUCUGCCUGGUUCAGUGGUGUGCCUUCGUCCCAGCUGGACGAGCUUGAUGGUCAUCUAGAUCAGCUGCUGCGCCGCGUCCUUGCCGAGGGCAUCGACAUGACUCGCAUGAAGACGGUGCUGUCUCGCGAACGCAUACGUUUACUGAGUCAACUGGAAAUGCGCCCAGCUGACUGCUUUGCCGACGUGCUCAUCCACGACUUUUUGUACGGAAAGAGGGACGGCCAAGGUCUUGCUACGACGCUCGAUGAUAUGAGCCGCUUCGACGCUCUGGACAAGUUCACAAACGAGGCAUGGCUCGACGUACUCCGUCGCUACUUUAUCGACAACCCACGCCUCGUCGUAGUAGGCCGACCAUCUGCAUCGCUUGUCACACGACUCAAGGACGAGACACAAGGCCGCGUCGCCCAACGUCGCGAGGCAUGGGGCGAACGAGGCGCACAUGAAUGCGAUCAAAAACUCCAGCAUGCCCGCCAGGAGAACGACGUGCCGAUUCCGCCCAACAUGCUCGACUCGUUCCCCAUUCCCUCGAGCGAUACGAUCGAAUGGAUCAAGGUAUCAACCGCUGCCUGUGGCCCGCGUACGACGGAGCAAGAACCCUUGUAUGAAGCUGCCACGCCCGAUGACGAGCGCCUGCAAGCCCACAUUGAUGGCGAUGCACCGGCCCCGCCUUUUUCUAUCCAAUUCGACCACAUUCCCUCCAAGUUUGUCCUUGUAUCUGUCGUGAUCGGCACCGACAGUGUGCCGCCUGAGCUGCGUGCCUAUCUUACCUUAUACCUGUCCAUGGUCUUCUCCCUGCCGAUUCGGCGCCAAAAUGGGGAAUGGCUCGCGUACGAAGACGUGGUCAAGCAGCUCGAUGAGGAUGUGCUCGAGUACGAUGCUGCCAUCGGUAUCGGCUCGAGCUUCUCGGAAUCGGUGGCGAUUGAGCUCAAAGCGCCUGCAGCGCACUACGCCAAGGUCGUAUCUUGGGUAUACGACUUGCUGUGGCGCAGCGAAUUCGCUCCUGAGCGCGUUCGUGUAGCAGCAGCCAAGCUCGCCCAGUCCCUUCCGGAACAAAAGCGCGAUGGGCGUAUGGUGGCUUGGUCGCUGUCUCGCUCUAUGCUCUACUCCAACACACACUCUUCGUGUGAGGCCAACACGAUCUUGCGUCAGGCGCAGCGCGUACCAGACAUGGUCGAUGCGCUGCAAGACGAUCCCACGCAGGUCAUCGAACACCUCAACACCAUUCGCGCAUCGCUCUUGCAACCGGAGCAUGUGCGCAUCAGCGUGGCGGGCAACAUUUUCGACAUUCCCCACCCGGUAGAGCCAUGGCGCGCGUGUCUGCCGCCAGGCUCUGCCACCCAGCUUUGUCCUCUGCCAUGGGGCAAGGACGUGUCCACGGAGCUGGGCAAAAAGCCGCAGCGGGAGGGCCGGAUGUGUGCGCUGCCUGCGAUUGAAAGCUCGUAUGCCGUGUUCACGUCGCAUGGUCUUUGUGGCUACAGGGACCCAGACUAUGCGCCGCUUGUCAUUACCCUCACGAUCCUCAAUGCAAUGGAAUCAUUCCUCUGGCGCUAUAUCCGUGGUGCCGGUCUGGCGUACGGCGCAUCGAUCCGAAACGACGCCGAGUCGGAGCAGAUCCACUUUAUUCUGUACCGCGCGCCCAACGCUGCCAAGGCCUUUAGCGAGGGCCGCAAAGUCAUCGAGGCGCUUGCGUAUGGCACGCCGCUGGACGAUGGGUCGCGCGUGGCAUUCGACGAAACGAUGCUGGAAUCGGCCAAGUCGAGUCUGCACUUUAGCAUCGCAGAUGCGGAAGGCACGGUCGGCGCCGCGGCCCUCGAGAGCUUUGUCGAUGUGCGCUUGAAGCGCAUGGGCCGGGGCCGGGGCAAGCGACUGCUCCAGCAGGCCAGCUCUGUGACGCUGGACGACGUGCAGCGGUGCAUGCAGCAGUACAUUAUGCCGAUUUUUGACGCCAGCACAUCUGUCUGUGCCGUUUCAUGCUCGCUAUCUACCGCGCCGUCGAUCCGCGACGCGCUCCAAGCACACGGCUACGUGAUGAACGAUGUCGACAUGCCUGGAGGCGCAUCGGAUGCAUCCAGUGACUCGGCGUCUGACAGCGGCUCGGACGCUUGA